GGAUGCGGGCGGCCUAGAGACCUCAGUCUCCCUUGCGGCACGCACACACAACUAACUCAGUUCUCUGGGUCUUAAAGUCCAUCUCUGGUCCACAGCUUCCGGGUGUAACUUUUCACUCAUGUUGAAGGCUCCUAUCAUGUGGGCACUGACUGCUGCGUAGCCAGUUUCGAUCGCCUUACUUUGGUUGCUUAUGAGGUAAAUACAUCAAGCAGAACAAAGCAAGUAAGCACUCAAACAAACAUCUCCUUGUUAGGUAAAUACAUCAAGCAGGACAAAGCAAGUAAGCAUACAAACACUUCUCAGACCUCAAACAAACAUCUCCAGGAGCUUUAAUGAACAAACAUUUCUCGGAACUGCUUGUUACACUGUAACUAUCAGGAUCGAUGUGAAUUAAAGCGGAGAGCGGAUGAUGGUUUCAGUAUGAGAGUAGUGGACUCUUGUGCUGAGGCUUUUAUUCUGUGUUUGCCGUCACUGCCAGAGGAACUCCCUCUGCUUCUACAGGGGUCUGAAACUGCUCUGUCUCUUCCAGAUCUGCUGCUGAAUAUGGAGACUUGAUGCUACUUCACAAGGUAAAAAAUAACUUCAAAAUUCAACAUUAAAAGGCACUUAGUGUUUUUUUUAUCUUUCAUUCCAAUAUCAUCAAUAGACAGACUUUAAUCCCUGACCUAAGUUUUCCCUUUUGUGCCACAAUGAUGAUAUUUAUUUGCUACUCUUGAUCAAGAGGAUGAUGAGCACAUUUACCACCAUAACUUUCCUCUGAGGCACAACAACUUAGAAUUCCUCUUGAUGUUUUGAUUUCUGAAUAUACUGUUCAUAAGCUUUUAUUUUUAUUUCCAGGACUUGAAUUGUGCACUUGAAAGACCUGAAGAGGAACAUCACCUGGUGAGAGGUGUGAAGCUUGUGUAGGGGUUUCUUCCAUGGAGCUGUUAAAGCACUGUGGUGGAAAGGGUGGGAUGUUUAAAAUGAGGAGGAAACAUUCUGGGGUUCAUUUCCACUGAUCCACAGAAAAAAAUGGUACUUGCUAUUAUUCAAAAACUCUUGAAUAUUUGUGUUUUAUGUGGGGAACUUCAAUUUUUCAAAGCUGUCACAAGAGGUGAUUGCUUGGUGCUCUGAUUCCAAGGCAGAUACAGUGAUGAUGACAUAGUUCAGCAGAAUAUACUGUGAAGAACAGUUUUGUCUUUCGCUCCUAUCUGACGUGUCUGGCUCUUGUGAUCUCUUGCUGGCAGGUGUAGGCUUGACCAUGAAGGCUGAGGGAAUGGGAUUGAUUAUUUUCUUUUGUUACAGGCCCUGGGAGAUGAAGAUACAAGCUGUGCAAGUAGCCCCCAGUUUUUGGAACUAAACGCUGAUACAGUAUUUCACUAAAACUGUAUUUAUGCUGAAACUUUCUGCUGGCCUCUACCUAACAGCAACUUUUCCUUUACAGGCUUCUGAGGCAUUUCUCAUUGUGAUGUAAGUACUCGUUUUAACUUUGCAAGUAUUAGCAUUAAAAAAAUCUGCCUAGAAAUAAAGUAUUUAACUGCACGUAUGCUGGGAGGGAGGUGCAAGGGGCCAGUGUUUGCUGCUGCUGCUUGCAUCUUGUCCAAUAGCAGAGGAUACUUAGAGGGGAGCUGCUGGCUAAGGCCCAGCCUUGGCAGGCUGGCUUGUGCCAAACUCUUCACUGUGUGCCUGUGGGCUCACGGAGUUGUGCUAUUUGUGUAUUUGCCCUCUUUCCUGUAGCAACCUUAGCCUAAAGCAGAUAGCUGUUGAGUGACUGACAGCGUGAGCUGCCUGUGUGAUGAGACGUGACUGCCCUGACUUCAAUCCUGGAGGUCUGCAAUUAGCUCUAUCUGACUUCAGGCGCCUGACAAGAUUUCAUCCUCGUGUGCUCGCUUCUGCGCUCACCUGACACUUCUCUUUCUUCCAGGACUGCUGCGGUGGAGCUGUGGGGUGAUGCAAUUGGUGGUGCUACCAGCAGAAGUAAGUAGCCAGAAGAUGCAUUUGACUGGUCAGAGCUGGUGCUGGGGAGGUUAUUAGAUGCUGGGCUCUAAUUGUGGUGUAGCUGCAGUGUUAAGCAGAAGGUUCCUUGAUGAUUUUCUUACCUCUACCAGUAGAUCACAGCUUAUCAUCAGAGUUUGGUUACCUGAGGUGCUAGGGAUUGAAUCUCACACUUUGUGACCAAAGGCAUUGAUAAGGUACAAGGAUGGUUGUGAAAGUAAUGGGCAAAGGAGUUUCUGGAAGUCGUGGGGCGCAAGAGUAACAUCAGCAUUGGACUGAGUUUCAUUUUCUUAUGUGUGUAUCCUAGAUUUGAGAAUGAGAGAACUGCUGGAUAUUCUGUGACAUCUGCUUGGUAAGCUGCUUGCUUCUUGGUUGCCAUAAGACUUUUUUUACAACUUGUGAAUAUUAACUUCUUUCUGUAACUGAAAAGCAAUAUUAUGGAGUAGUUGAAAUGAUGUAACUGCUAUGGGCUGCUUGAGUUUCUAGUUAACAAGAAAGAAUGUGUGAUAACCCGCCAGUGCACAUCUUGUCCUAACCAAAACCAGUACAAUUAUUUGGCAUCUAACUUUUUAGAGUUUAAAUUAAGUAGUGGGAUUUAUCAGGGAAUAGCACUGAUCUCAAAUAGUUGGUUUAAUGUGGUAAAUUAUUUGUCUCUAUGGCUGGAUUAAAGCUUCUACGUGAUGUGAAUGAAGAUUGGCUGGGAGUAAGGUCUGAAAUACAGAGGUCAGGUCCUUUAAGGAGGAACAGAAGUAACGAAACAUUAAGCUUCUCUAAGCAUGUACUGUUUGUGAUGAUUUGUUCUAAGCAAUGGGAAUCUCUCUGAAAGAGCCUGAGGAGGACUCUUGCACUGAAACAGUACGCACAUUCAAACUAACUCUUGAAGCACUGCCAAGGAGAGUGUAUUAAUAAAAAUGCACUUGUUACAGAGUGAAGCUUGUGGGCAGUUUGUGUGAAAAACAAGACUAACGUGUCUGAGGGAAGGACCGCGCUGUCUGCAGCCUCACUGGGUAAGGAGGCAGCUUUGAAACUACUGCAAGAAGAACCAAGAAGCUCAAUGACACCUAGAAAGAAGUUACAGGGUCUUGUAGCUGCUACAAUCACUCCAAUGACUCCCGAUGGACAAGUUAACCUUUUGGUGAUUCGUCAAUAUGUGGAUUAUCUCGUAAGCAAGCAGAACGUGAAGAGCGUCUUUGUGAAUGGCACAACAGGAGAAGGACUGUCCCUCAGCAUCCAGGAGAGGAAGCGGUUGGCAGAAGAAUGGGUGUGCCAAGGAAAAGACAAAUUGGAUCAUGUCAUCAUUCAGGUGGGAGCACUAAGUCUGCCAGAGUCCCAAGAGCUGGCAAGACAUGCAGCAGCCAUAGGUGCUAGUGGUAUUGCUGUAAUAGCCCCCUUCUUCUUCAAACCCACAAAUAAAGAUGAGCUCAUUGCUUUCUUAGAGAAGGUUGCGUCUGAGGCCCCUGCGGUUCCAUUUUAUUACUAUCACAUUCCUCCUCUGACGGGUGUAAAGAUUCGCAUUGAAGAGUUGCUGGAUGGAAUAAAAGAGCGGAUCCCCAGCUUCCAGGGUGUGAAGUUCAGCAGCACGGACCUCUUGGACCUUGCACAGUGUAUAAACAAGAAUAAGAGAGAACAGUUUGAAUUUCUUUAUGGGGUGGAUGAGCAACUGUUGAGUGCACUGGCAAUAGGGGCAGAUGGAGCAGUCGGAAGUACAUACAACUAUUUAGGCGGAAAAACCAAUCUGAUGCUGCAAGCCUUUGCAAAGCCAGACCUCGCGUUAGCACGGAAGUAUCAGUUUCUCACUGGGGAAUUUCUCAACUUUGUCAUCAAACUAGGUUUUGGUGUCGCACAGACUAAAGCUGUAAUGACGUUUGUUUCUGGCAUUCCCAUGGGACCCCCGCGGCUUCCGCUCAUUGCCGCCUCUGAGGAGUUCAUUGUCAAGGCCAAAGCGAAGCUGGACAGCAUUGUGUGGCCUAAGGGUGACUGAUGUUCACUUCCCUGUCGAUCUGGAAGCGGAGGCUCCUUUUCUGGUAUUCGCUGUGACGUGGCACGUUCCCCACGUGCUGGGCUGUGAUUUCAGGGAUUUGGCAAUGCGCCUGAGCCCCUUCCUGCCAGGGCCGACCUUGUUGGUGCGUUUUUGUGUAACUUUGCUCCCCCUGGAGCGCUGCACGUCCCAGGACCAGCUGGUAUCUUUUAGUAAAAAAAUUAAACUAGCAAAUUUUCCCCAGUUGGGGGAUCAUGAGUCCUUUUGUCUAGAAAGGAGGAAGAUCCAUCUCUGCCCUCCCCCCAGCCAGAUCAUGCUUUGUCCUCUCCCUUCCUGAGCAUUUCCAGCACUACACGGUGUUUUUACACAUUGAUGUGGAACUGGUUGCUCAAACCGGUAUCUUACUCUUUGUCACAAAGUCACUGGGACACUGACUAUGCAUAUAAAAUCCUGUUUUAAUCUGAGCUCAUUGUCUUUGCACACCUUGAUGGAAAAUAAAAACUUUUUGCAACAGAAAA